AUGAUUGCUCGUCUUUGCAGAUCUCAGUUACCGAAACAAUCGUUCGUUAACUUUAAUCGUUCCAUCUCAUCUACUAUCAGAAUGUCUGCUCCUCAAACUACUCAAAUCGAAAUCUUGCAACAAGGUGACGGAAAAACCUUCCCAAAGGUCGGUGACGCUGUAACUAUCCACUACACUGGAACUUUGGAAAACGGAAAGAAGUUCGACUCUUCCCGUGACAGAGGAAAGCCAUUCCAAUGUACCAUUGGUGUUGGUCAGGUCAUCAAGGGUUGGGACACAGGUAUUCCAAAGUUGUCUGUGGGCACCCGUGCUAAAUUGACAAUCCCAGGCCACGAAGCUUACGGUCCAAGUGGUUUCCCAGGUUUGAUUCCACCUAACGCUACUUUGGUGUUCGAUGUUGAAUUGUUGGGUGUUAACUAA